UUGUUGCACCUCUUUGCAUGCUUUACAUUACUUCAGAUCAAUGGACAAGAACUCAUCUCGUUCAGAGGCCCCACGUUGUAGUUUUGAUGGUACCAACUAUUCUCUAUGGGCCAUCCAUUUUCAGAACUUCCUCAAGGGUCGUGGUUUGUGGGGACUAAUUGAUGGAUCUGUUACUAUCCCCACUUCCAUAGAUGCCAACAAAUUUACUGAUUGGAAAAUGAACAAUGGACGGAUUAUUACCUGGAUUCUCGAUUCGGUCGAUCGGUCCAUUGCUGUUGGCCUCACACCUCAUCGCACUGCUAAGGCAAUGUAGGACCAUCCCCAGACAAUUUAUCAACAGAGUAAUGCGGCCCGGUUAUACCGCCUGGAACAGGAUCUCGUUAACCUUACUCAGGGUGACGAUAGUAUUCAAUCAUUUUACUCCAAAAUUGUCACAAUUUGGACAGAGAUGGCUAUGAUGGAUCCAACAUUUCCUUAUGAAUUUAAGAUAUUCCAAACUAUGCGUGAGAGUGCGUAAGUUCGACAAUUUCUUAUGAAGCUACGUCCCGAAUUUGAGCAUUGUCGGGUUGCUCUCUUGAACUGUAGCCCUACUCCUACCUUGAAUUCAGUUAUUAAUGAUUUAUUGGCUGAGGAACAAUGACUGAAAGUACUCUCUCUUCCUUCCUUAACUCCGGGAUCAUCUGAUAUGGUGCUUGCUGUGUCCACCACUACCCCAACACGUGGUUCCACUCCUUUGACUUGUCGCGGCUGUAACAAGGUGGGUCAUGUUGUCGCUCAAUGCAAAGAAUGGUGCGCUUAUUGUCGAUGGACUGGUCAUGGUAUUCAGGAUGCCAUACACGUACCUAUGCAUCUUCUUUCGGCCAUGGACGUAGUGGUCGUGGCUGUGGCCAUGGUCGUGCUCUUUGUGCUACUGCUGCCACUAUUUCUUCUGAGUCGUCUGUUAGUGAUUCUGCAUCUAAUGUUUCUGUUGAAGGUCUUUCAUCACCUUUGACUCCUGCGAUGCUCCAGCAAAUCGUUCAGGCCCUUUCUGCGGCCGGUAUGUCAGGAUUUGGCAACGGGGAAGGUACUUGGGAUGGGUAGGCGGCAUGGUCGUCUAUACGUGCUGGACUUUGAUCCAUCUAUCACUCUGGCUCGUUGUUUCUUUUCUCCUUCUUCAUCAGAUAUUUGUUCAGCAAAUAAAUUGUGGAAACUGUGGCACUUUCGCCUGGGUCAUCCACAUUCCGAUUGGUUAAUUCAGUUAUUUUCUUCUGGCAUGUUAGGGAACG